AUGGCACGGGAGAAUGGAACGGCCCGGCUCAGCAAGGCCUUCGGCUGCAAGGGUAAUACAAAAUGAUGAUUUUUUUGAUUUUUUUUACUAAUAAUUCUUACUUUUGGUGUAUGCAUUUCUUGACCUUGGUAUGGCAAAAAUUUUGCGAUGAUUUGUAACCGAUUUUUUCUUUGAAAAAACGAAAAAAAUGAAAAAUUGCAAAAAAUGGGAAAUUUCAUAUUAGCCAUGGCAAAUUUAACACAUUUCUCUUCAGAUUUGAUGAAUGACUGGGAGAUUGGCGGCACGCAGAAUGCCUGGGUAUGCCCUUCAGAUCGGCAUCUUCAGCUCAGGGCGCAGUAAGUGUUUCGCUAACAUUUUCGCAAUUUAGGCAUCUGACUUACGUCAGAAACGUAUGUCAUGCAUAUAUUACCGAAAGCGUCGUCAUGAUAUAAUGUCACUCAAUUUGUAGGCUCAAGAGUGGCUGGAGUGUGCGGACAGCAACUGCUCGUUCCCCGACCACAACGAAAGCGGCCGCCAUGAACGGGAUCAGUGAUGCUGAACAGGAGCAGAUCAGGAAGGUGCUGGCAAGGGCAGAGGCUGGAAAACAGCAGGAAAAAGAGAGGAUAGGGUGAGUUUAUUUUGUGGAGGUUGCUGUUGACAAAAAGAACAUACAGAAACAGCUGAGAAAUGCGGAAAAUAGCCUAUGUCAUCACGCGUAUAGUUUCGAGCAUGAUGACAUAAGAUAUAAGCUAGCUAUGCUUAAAAAUUCUUUGAGUUGUAGGCAAAUUCAGCUUUAUUUUUUAGCGAUUUUGCGCUGCUCGCAAUUCCUUCAAAUAUUAUCUAGCAUUUUCUGGCGAUUCGACCAGGAUUUUAACCGGCUGAGACAAUAGAUAGCGGCUAAAAAGACCAGAGAAAGAGCUAUGUAUCUUGACCAGGCCAUAUCAAAUUUUUCGGUUUUCUAAGCCUUUUGUAAACAUUUAAAAACUAAAGAAAAGCGAUAACUCUUUCUUGAGGAAGGCACUGAACAAGUGACAUCACUUUCAGUUCUUUUGACCAGAGUUUUUUUUUUUUUGUUUUUUUCCAAUAACUGCCUCCGCAAUGAAUCGUCAGCCACAGUUUUAUAAAAGUUCACUGACCGCUUUUUUCUCUGUCUCCGUUGUUACUCCGGAAACAUGCGAAAUGACCUGUAAUGAGCGUUCAUUUUUUAUAAAUUUGCAAAAAAAUUCAUAUAUUUAGGUUAUUUAUUAUAUUUGCAACUCUCUCUUUGAAUUCCUCGAAAUCAUCUUGCAAUCUUUUUUUCGUUACUAUCUUGAGUAUUUCCAAGUUUUUCAAUUUCCGAACUCCUCGUGGCUUCUUCGAAAUCAAUUAUUUUCAAAGUUUUGGGGGAUUUGGAAAUCGCUCAACCCAAAUUGAAGCCGAAACAUCCUAAAUUCAGGUGCUGGCCUUUAAUCGGAACUAGCAUUUCCUCACUUCGUUUGCUCGAAAUCUGUGUCCAAAUCAAUUAAAAUCGCGUUUUCGGGAAAAGGUUUUUGGACGUUUAUUAAAUUAGCGUGGAGGAACGAUUGGCCUGGUCGGCCAGUUUUUACUGGCUGAUGAAGUUUGAAGACAAAGUUUUUGUCCGAGUUUCUCAAGUGUUUUAGGCAACCUGGGCUGUGCGGAAGGGCAGAGGAAGGCAUUUUUGUUCAUUAUGGGGGAUUUUGAGGGUAGUUAAAGUAAUGUAAGCUGCAAUUUUGGGCAAACUCAGAGGUAAAAAAAGCUAGACUUUGCCUCAAAUAGCUAUAGCUUUCAUUGAAACCACAUUUUUUAGUCCUCAAAUCAUCCAAAAUCCAUUAGAUGGCCCCUCAUUUUUCUGGAUUUUUUUUAAACUGCAAAAAUUUUUUGAUUUAAGCAAGUCAAAGAUACCUAAAUACUGCCUAUAACCUUCUAUCACGUUUUUAAAAAUUUGUAUGCCUUGUUUCGAAUAUGAAGUAGCUAGCUUUGGACUUUGGUAUUUCCAAAAUUUGAUUUGCAAAUUUCGAAUUUUUCCCGGAAUUUUUGUUUGCGAAAUAUUAGCUUUUUGAUCCGUAAAGUACCACGUUAUUUCUAGUUUUUUAUUUCUCGUUCGAACUGCAGAAAACUUCCGCUUCGGACUUAUUUACCGGGAUAUUAUUCUUCAUGCUUCGAGAGGCAUGAGAUGCCAAGGGAUAUACCGAAAAUUCUCGAUUCUUUUGCUUUGACUUUUUGGUCACGUACAGCUGCCAGUUAUUUACCAGAAUUUUAUCGAUCAGCUAGUAUUACUUGUAUUUCUAACGUCAUUUUUGCACGGAAAACCGGCAUUUUUUAUUUUUAAUAACCUUUAAAGCGCUUCGAAACACGAGCUCUUCAAAUAUUGCCGCAGGCGUUCUAGAUGCAUCCCGCAAAUCUAAUAGGUCACAAAAUUGCUUUGAGCAGGAUGUUUAGUCUUUACAGAUGCUACUUGGAAUGAGUGAGGAUUUGAAAUUUGCAUUUGUUUCAGAAAAAUGGUCGAUCGUCUUGAGAAAAUGAAAACCCGCGCCAGUGGAAAUGGAGUCACUCAAUGUCUGAUUUGCCAGACCGAGUUUGGACUGUUGGCCUCGAAAAGUUAUGCGGCCAUGUGCUCGGAUUGUCGGAAGGUGAGUCUGAUGAUAAUCAGGAAAAAAAUUGGUUGCCGCUGACAUGAUAUAAAGAGCAAAAAACUUCUUCUCUUGUGACAAAUACAACCUUCAUUUUUUUCAGUACGUGUGCCAAAAGAACUGCGGAGUCGAGACCUUCGAUCAAAAGCGAGGAGAGCCCAUCUUCCUUUGCAAAUUGUGCAGCGAGUAUCGUGAGGUUGUAAGUUGCUUAGGCUUAACUUUUCGACUUUGCUAAACACUCGGUCCUGUCCUAACACCGGCUUCGAAUUCACUCAUCUAUUUGGUAAAUAGCCCUCUGAAUUUUCCUCAAAUCUAAAUUGAGAAUUCAGCGGGUUACUGUAACUUGUUCACUGGGGAAAUUGUUUGUCCUAACAGUCCAUGUUUUGCACUUUGGAUUUGUGGCAAUUUCCCGCAAUGUGGCAAUGCCAGCACUUUGUUACAAUCUCUGUGUUUCACACGUUGUUUAACGCAUAUUUUAGAUGUGGAAAAAGUCGGGUGCCUGGUUUUAUAAAGAAGUCCCAACCUACGUGAAGCCCUGUGAUUCCCCCGCGUCUUCGAGUGCUUAUCCCCCCGUAAAUGGGUAUCGGCACAUGCCGAAUGUUCCCUCAACGGCGUCACCGAGCAGUGGCUGGCCUUCGGGCUUCAGUCCCAGUCCCCGUCUUUCUCAUGGCAAUGUGGUAUCGCCGCCGGUUGUGGAGCAGAACGGGGGUAUUCCGGGUGCUCACGGCGCUCCAAGGCAACGACAGUUGCCGAUUCCACCGGAUCAGCAGCAGCGGUAAGGGAAAUAAGAUUGUUUCAGUGCAAAAAUUCCAGUCUUAAAACCACUCCUCGCCCUCGAAUAACCCCCUCCUGGGUCCAUGAAAAAGUCCAAUCCUCCAUGUCGAUCGGCUCCGAAGACGAAGAGUCCUCUUCCUCAUCCAUCGACGCCAUCGACUUCAAAACUCCCAUUUCAAACCAAGUGCCAAGCCAACAACCCCAACCAUUGCCGCCCUCCCGUCGUCAUCAUUACCGACCGCGGGAGUAUCGCCAUAAUCAAUCGCCUUCUCAGCAGCCCACCACGACCAGUUCGUCAUGUGCCUCGUCGUCGACAGCUCCACGGAAUCUGCAACGGUUCACCGUGAGCAAUCGGAACCCGAUCACGGACACAGGUACUUUGGAACGAUUGGUGUAGUUGUUUGUGGUCGUGGAGGUUUAAUGCAGCCAAACCGAGCUAACAUUCUUUGGUUAUCCUCAGUAUAUUCAGUUCGAUUUCAAGUUCGGAGUGUGUAGAUGUCUAUUUGUUUAGUCUUGUCUGAAAAUUUCUUACAUUGAAAGGGGUAUAAACCUAAGGUAUCAAGGUACUAAACAGGUUUACCUUUCUGUCACAACUAGCUUCACUCUAUAUAUACGGUAGUGGGCCCUUGAGAAUACUGUAAAAAGCAUUAAGUUUCCAAGAAAUGCUAUACAAAUCAUCUAGUGUAGAAAUUGCUUAUAUACCCCUAUCUGCUAUCUUAGGCAAUUAUAUGAAAUAUCAUCCUUUUAUUGGCGUUUUUGUAACCUAGCUUAGACGUACUGUGAUUUAUAAGCUAUCUUCUUUUUUAUCAACUUAUAUAUUCCCCAAUAUCAUUCAAAAUCCCUGCUCAGUCAACAACAUCUUCGAUUUUGCCUUUUUCUCGCCUACUACAACAUAAAUGUCGUGAAUCUUUUUGGCCGGUUCCGUUCUGUCCUUUAUUUUUACAUCUAUACCUGCAUUUCAGAAUAAACUAAAUAACUAAUAGAAACCUCUUCCCGAUUUUAAAAUUCUCCCUCAUUUACAGCGGAAAAGAGCGCGCUCCUCCAGAAAAUGAAGACCUUCUCGGUGACGGACGAGGAGUCCGAGUGUAGCACGACGACCAAGGCGACCAUCGACCCGGCGCAGCAAAUCGACGAGGACGCUCUCUCGCAUUCGUCGACGUCGCAGUCUUGAAUGGAAAAGGUGCUUAUCAGAGUGAAAAUCCCCGUUUUCUCCGAGUGGUUGCAAUAAUAAUGUCCCCUCCGAGUUCUGUUCACAACCUCUUCCCUCUGUCUUUUUCCAAUUGUCGAUUUGGUGGUUGUGUUGGGAGUGGUUCGUGAAUGCUGUAUUUUGUUUGAUGAUGACUCUGGUUAUUCUAAUCUGGUGAUUUGAUUUUGAGUUAGGGGUUGGAUGGCGGGGCAAAAGGAUGAAAAAAUUUGGAAGUUUGGAUGAUAAGCAAUUAUGAUAGACCCUACUGCGAAUAAACGAGGAUAAAUCAAUCCCAUCCCCAUCAUGGAUCCGGCAAAGCUGCUUGUUCUAUUAAGCAGCAAAAAUCGGAAAAAAAUUUUGGUUCAUUCCAAUAGUCCCGUGAAUUUUUAUAAUGAGACGCUGGAAAAUUGCGAAGGCGGCGUUUUAUGAUUUUUACCGCAUUUGAUCUCUAUAGGUUCCUUUAAAAAUACUAAACCACCGUUUUCCGUUAAAAUCCCCCCAUUUCCCGCCAUCCAUCCCCAUCUUCACUCUCUACUUGCCUCCCUGAGUUCACUGUCACUUCGUUAGACCCUUCACACAUCUCUAGAUUCUUACAAACGCACGCGUGCUUACAAAACCUGAGUUUAUUGCUAACACUUUGGCCAAGGGUUGCAUUUGAGUUGAUUAUCCCCCUACUCUCCCAACUCUAACCCUUUUUCCGUUUUCAGAGGAGAGUGAGAACGAUGAGUCGCGUCGAACAACCCCCUCAACUUCGCCGAGGCAUUCGUUGGCAACGCCGAGUAGUUUCGGAGGCGACGACUUAUCGCAGAAUCACGUGACGUUGAUUACGAACGAGGCGUCGGAUUCGAAGAGUAUCGACUCUGGAGGUGAGUGUUAAACUCUUGUUGUCGUAAAUCUGUUACCCAUUGCGGCGCAGGGAGUAAUUUGCGGAACGCGAUGAGAUAAUUAGGUUACGGUAGAGUUGGAGGUCUCAACGAUCGACGCUGGACCCGUUAGCAUUUAGAAGUGGAUGUCACUUGUUGUUUACAUCUUUCUAAAAAACUUUGUGGGCAUUUUCUUCCAUUAAAAAAACGUAGGCUUCAAUUAACAUUACAUUAUGCAAAUACCCAGCUUCAAGUUGGGCCUCAUAGGCAUGUACACGUAGUUUUGGGCGCUUUCAUCACGGUUAACGCAACAUUUCCGGCGUAUCUUGGGCUCGUAGCGUUUUGAGGGCUCUUUAGGUCCCCCUUUAGCAACGUUUUAUGUCAGAUUCUGACCUUUUUGUGCUUGGAUAUUUGUGGAAACUUAAGCCGAAGACAUUGUGGAUAUUGGCUUUUAAAGUAUUCUUGUUUCUUGCUCAAACACCGAACGCAUUUAUUGACCGUUAAAGUCGAAGAUAAAGAAGGUUUAAAGCGAGGAUUUGAACGUUAAGAGGAGCGUAGAAAGGUCAGAAUUUGUUUCGGUAUUGACUAGGCGACGUGUAUCCUAACUGGUCAAUAUUUUAUCUACGGUUGAGAAAUAGGGCAGCCAGGAGAACCUAGCGUUCUGCUAGUCAGCUAAGGCGCCUAAAAUCGCGAAUUUUGAGCCUGUUAUUCGAGCUACCCGCAACUAGGGUGGGGUGGCAAAAACUCGCGAAACUUUUCAUUCCCUGAGUGCGGCUUGGCUUGCAGUCGUUCAAAGCGACCACUCAAUGCAUCAAAUCCGUCAAGUCAUUCCGGCUGCAGGCGUCCCAGCCCCACAGCACCAUCCGCCCACCGCGUUCACGCCCACGCCGCAGACUAAUCUGGCCAAUCCAGCGAGUCCCAUGCACAAUUCCUGCUCCUCCUCUUCGUCGCCGCCGCCCUCACUGCCGGGCCAGGUGCCGUUGCCCGAGAUGCGCGCAAUGAACUUGAACAAGGAUCCGAAAACGAGUCUGCAACACAUGCAAAGCAAUCAUAUUGAGCGGCAACCGCAAUGGCCCGGCUCGAGUCCGCGGAAUUCCAACACCGUACCAAGCCUGUUUCAACCAACCGCGCCACCGCUUCCGCCGCGACAUGGACAGAGUGUAGGAAACGUGGAUCGAAGGCCUUCGAGUGGAUCCUCAUCGACCAACAAUUCAAUGGCCCGAAGAAAUAUGCAAUCCAAUCCGAACAGCUCCCGCGAAAGCCUGAAUAUCACUCCGGCCGCGGCGUUGGCACAAAGUCAACUGUCGCUGAUAUCGAAGCCACGACCGCCAAGUGUCCACUCGACGGACAGAAAGAGCUCAAUUACAGUUGGAUCGAGGGAAAGUUUGAGCUUGGCGCCUACUGAAACGGUGAGUUUAGAGGGUCAAAACGUUCAGAGCGGGUGGGACUAGGACUACAACGUAUUUUUGGAAGCUUUUAGCCGGUUCUUGGCCCUAUUACAACCCAUUUUUUGAGCUUCACACCCAUCUGUAGCUUAUUUUAGAUCCUUCUUGUAAAACAUGUGUCCUAAUCAAAAAUUCAAAAUACUUCCACAUCUUCUGACAAUCCAGAACACAAUUUUAGACACUCAAAACAAAGGUUGUCAUAGCACGAAAUCUUAAACUUGACGUAUUUUUAACGUGACUAUGCUUUAAUAUUCUAACUGAAGAAGUUUCAGGACCGACCUGCCGAGUCCCCGACAUUCAUGAGUUCGCCGGAGGAUGAUUCGAGUGAGUUUGUCGGGGGAAUAAAAGAACUUUUGUAUGCUGUGAAACAAAGCUUCUAUCGGCUUUAAAACACGCUUUUGGAUUGGCUAAAGCUUUUGGAAAUCAAAUAUAAAGCAUGCCUUUUUAUUUGAUCGUAUCUUUAUUGUUAGAAAACACAAAAAAUUAUAUUUUUCGGCCGCCUCAGGCAGUUAUACAAGCCUAAAUUCGAAUGUUUUUUCACCGUAUGCUAUGUGCUUCAGUAUCAUCCAAAAUCCGAAUGCAAUGUUGCUUGAAGUGCUUCUCUCCCUAUCGUUUUAUAACAAGUUUCACUUCUCUAACACGGAUGGCUUUAAAUUUUUCAACAGGGCUUCAUUCAACGUUAUUUUAUGCGUUAUUUUAAAUAUCCAAACCCGUUUUAUACCCUUGAAAAAAUCCCUUUAAAAUCCCGCUUCUUAUGUCCAGUUCGUUUUGUGUUCGUAAUCUUACCGCUCGCUUUAUUUCAAGAAGCCGAGGACGAGAUUCAACACGCCGGCAACGACGAAGAAGACCUCAAUUUCCUGACCAUGCCUCGAAACCGUUCCAAGUCCGACCGUCCAACGAGAACCCAACGUAUCAUCUCUGUGUUUACGCGGCCUCAAACCACUUGCAGCAAUUACCGACCGAAAUGCAGCAAGCAGAACUCGUUGCAAAAAGAUUCCCGAGAGCACAAUCAUUCAACAAAUUCGUUGAGCAGUGCGUUGACUGCCUUCAACGAGAAAAGCAAUGGCGAAAGUAAGAGUACGUCGAGAUUGUCGGUGAAUAUGGAGUCCGAAAACGAUCAUGAUGACAUGUCAAUGUCGAGGACCCCAUCUCCACGUCGGCCCACUUCAGCCAACUCUUUGUUGGCCACAAUAAAAGAGAAAUCCCCGCUGGAUCCGGCGGAUGAGGAAUUGGAGAAUCGAAGGGGCAGUCCGACAGAUCGCAAGACGCCUUCGCCAAUCCGCAACCGACUCGGCAACGAGCCUCCAGGUGCGGAUUUGAUCGUCGAACAACCCUUCAACACAUGCUUUGUUAUCACACCAGUUUCGUCUCUGUCCGACUUUCCAAGCACUUUCCCUCUAUCGUUGAGUUCCGUUUUGUGCACGCGUUUUGUUGCAGCGCUUUGCCGAUUAGCUGAGAUUUGUUUGAGGCUGUGGAGGACUUUGCGGUGACAGAUAUUACUUGGAUAACAUUUUAGUUCCUUUUUUCUAUCCUAUUUUGUUUUUGAAGGCUUCAAAAGAUGACUAAUCUUAUUAAUGCCAUUUUUAGGCACUCUUGGCUCGAUUCAGUUCAAUUUGACCUACUUGUCGGAGGAGAAACAACUCAUUAUCCAUCUUAUCAGAGCUAAGGUGAGAGCUACAUCAAUUUAUAAGGCGGUUGGUUUGGGUUAUUGACUCGGUAGCCACAUAAAAUUUCCUUUUCCAGAACCUCAAAGCCAUGGACAAGAAUGGAUUUUCCGAUCCAUAUGUCAAAUUCCACCUGAUCCCUGGGAAUGUCAAGGCGACGAAGCUGACCUCAAAGACCAUUGAGAAGACGCUGAACCCGGAGUGGAACGAGGAGAUGAUCUACUACGGUAUCACUGAAGAUGAGAGGCUGAAGAAGACGCUGCGAGUGACAGUUCUGGACCGGGACCGAAUUGGAUCCGAUUUCCUGGGCGAAACUCGAGUCGCCUUGAAAAAACUGCCAUUAGGACAGACGAAGAAGUUCAACCUAUAUUUGGAACAUGCCAUGCCGACUCCGGUAAGGAGAAACACAGAAAAAAAAAUUAAAAAAAUAUUAUAGAAAGUUUCAAAGAGUGUCAAAAAACCUCAAAAUUCCUCAAAAAUUAAAACGAUUUUUUCAGGCCGAGCAAAGCGAAAAUACCGAACGAGGAAAGAUCUUAAUGUCAGUUUGCUAUAACAUCCAACAAGCAUGCCUCUUCAUCCAUGUGAAACGCUGCGCUGAACUUAUGGGAAUGGACUCCAGCGGCUUCUCCGACCCCUAUUGUAAAGUCUCGUUGACUCCGUUGAGCUCAAAACAACAUCGAUAUAAGACGGCGAUCAAGAAGAGGACACUUAAUCCGGAGUUUAACGAGGUAAUUAAAGUUUUGAAAGACUUGAGAUGACAUGUUUUUUAGGUGAUCCAAUUUAUCGUCCCAUUCAAAGAUCUUCCCAAGAAAACGUUGGAAAUUGGUGUUUACGAUCAUGACGUUGGACGGCAUGACGAUUAUAUCGGUAAGCAGAAUAAAAAAAAGAUAUUCAGCGACCUUUGCAGACGAUAAAGUAUUGGAUUUUUAGAGAUAUGACAAUGAUUUUUUUGCUAAUUUUUUAAAAAAUUUCAAAGAUUUUAAGGACUUAGGUUUCAAUUUCUCGUCAUUUAAACAUUCCCAUAGCUAAAUAAAGGUCUUUAUUAGGAAAUAAAUCGUAUUUUACCCCUCCUUUUGCAGGCGGAAUCGUCCUCUCCACUGCGGCGAAAGGCGAUCGCGGCAAACAAUGGACCCAAUGCAUCGAGAACCCGGGCAAAACAUUCGAAUAUUGGCACAAACUCGAGACGGAUUAA